ACUGAUCCUGUAGAUGUGGCAGCACAUUUAAAAUUAAUGGGAGAAUCCUUAUGUAAUAUUGGUAUGAGAUUACAGGAAACUAAAGGUCAUAUGGCUGUUCAAGGUGGACUCUCAGUGCUUUUGGACUCAUUAAUUUGUGCUUGUGGACCUCUUAUGUGCUUAACCCAGCAACUGUAUGAAUUGAAUGGUUGUGACCGUAAUACUCAUGCUAAGACAUUAGACAAUAUAGCCUAUAUAAUGCCAGGACUUUAA